UAUUACAUAAAUAUAGUAAAAAAGGUGGUUUUGUAUUUUAAGAAAGGUCAACGCUUUGAAACCAAAAAAAACGGCCGCAAAUUAACCACCAAUAAUCAAACUCACCGCCAUUUUUAAUACAAACAAGUUUCUCCGGCGACGAAUUCUCUCUCUGCAUGGAUGGCUGCCACCAUCGCCACCUUCCUCCUCCUCUUCCUCUUCUUGUCUACCUCCUACUCCGCAACUACUUACACCGGCUCCAUAUCUUCUUCUUCAAAUUUCACAGCUUCCAACUUCCACUAUGUUGACCAAAACGGCGAUUUCCUCCGCUCCGUUAAUCGCACUUACACCGCUGCCAUGUUCAAUUCACAGCCUAAAUCGCCGUCGUUCUACCUCCUCAUCUACCACUCUGACUCCCGCAACGUCGUCUGGGUCGCCAACCGCAAUAAACCCAUCUCAAAUUCUGGUCAACUCCUUCUCUCCUUCACGGGUAUUACAAUCUAUGAUGAUUCCGGCAUACCCGUUUGGUCAACACCCACGUUCAAUUCCACGGUGGCUUCUUUGCAGCUACUGGAUUCCGGGAACUUACUUCUCAUUGAUCGCUUUAACAAAACGUUAUGGCAGUCUUUUGAUUACCCGACGGAUACCAUCGUUUCUGGGCAGAGAUUUCCGGUUGGAGGAUCAUUAAUCGCUUCCAACGAUGAUGCCGACUUCUCGGAGGGAGGUUAUACGUUUACAGUGACCACCGGCGAUGGGCUAUUACGGUGGCAAAAUUUGACGUAUUACAGACUGUUGAUGGAUUCAAAAUCUGUAAUAAAUUCAAACCAACCCAUUUCGUAUCUCAUGGUAAACGGGUCUGGUUUUUAUCUGUUCGGAGGCCAGGGAUCGGAGGUGGUGGUACAAGUUUUAAUUACGACGGCGGCUGUGAAUUCCGACUAUCGGAUACUAAAGUUGACAAACGCUGGCUAUCUCAACGUCAUGAGAUACACAAACCGUAACUGGGUGACAGAUUUCACGACGCCGGAAGAAAGUUGCCGUGCUCCGUUCAGUUGCGGCAAACUUGGGCUCUGUUCCCCCGGUGGUUGUUCUUGUCCACCGGGAUUUAGAGGUGAUCGGAACGCAAACCCCGGCUGCUCACCCUCGGAUAAUUCAUUGUUGUUGCCGGAAUCUUGUGGUGGUAACGGGACCAGAUUGCGAUCCAACUCGUCGGAGAAAUAUGUAUAUAUUCCGCUCGGAGAUGGGAUGAAAUACUAUCCAAUUGAUUUCACAAAUCCAACUAGAAAGGGUGUGAAUUUAUCAACAUGUGAAAAUCUGUGCUCUUCGAACUGCUCUUGUUUGGCUAUCUUCCAUGGAAAUCCAUCUGGAUCAUGUUAUUUGCUUCAAAACCAUUUGGGUUCCUUCCUUUCAAGCUCCGCAAACGGAAACGACGAUACAUUAGGGUUCAUCAAAGCAAUAUCUUUGUCUCAAAAUCAUAACAGUAAUUCCAGUUCCGAUUUCCCCGUAGUUGCUUUGAUUUUACUUCCGGGCUCCGGCGUUCUGCUAAUCUCUAUUUUCGCCAUCUGGAUGCGUAUAAGAUCAAGAAACAACGCCACGAAUUCUCAUUCAAAGAAAUUGAAUGAUAAUUUUGGUUCAGAAGAUCUUGAGCUGUUUUCAAUCGCGGGUUUACCUAUAAGGUUCGACCAUGAAGAUCUUGUCGAGGCCACCAAAGAUUUCAGUACCCAGAUCGGCUCCGGUGGAUUUGGCACGGUUUACAAAGGCGUCCUCCGUGACAAAACGGUGGUGGCAGUGAAGAAGAUUACCUCCCUAGGAGCUCAGGGAAAGAAAGAAUUUGGUACAGAGAUUGCAAUCAUCGGAAACAUUCAUCAUGUAAAUCUAGUCAAACUCAAGGGCUUUUGUGCUCAUGGAAGAGAGAGGUUCUUGGUGUAUGAGUACAUGAGCCGUGGUUCAUUGGACCGAACCAUUUUCGGCACCGGGCCGCCAUUGGAAUGGCAAGAAAGGUUCGAGAUCGCGGUUGGAACCGCUCGCGGUCUUGCAUAUUUACACAACGGGUGUGAACACAAGAUCAUACAUUGUGAUGUUAAGCCCGAAAACAUUCUUCUAAGUGAUGGUAUGCAAGUGAAAAUCUCAGAUUUCGGGCUCAGCAAAUUGUUGAGCCCGGAACAAUCUGGUUUAUUUACAACAAUGAGAGGAACCCGCGGGUACCUUGCACCCGAGUGGCUCACAAACGCUGCAAUCUCAGAUAAAACCGAUGUUUAUAGCUACGGUAUGGUUUUACUAGAGUUGAUCCAGGGUCGAAAGAACUGUGUGCAGGCCCCGAGCCAUAGCUCGAGAAACCCGACUAGUAGCACUGAUGGUCAAUCAUCGAGAUCAUCAGGAUCCCGAAACCAUUCUCAAGCCCAGGGCAGAGCACGCGCCCGGGCGUUCUAUUUCCCUCUACAUGCACUGGAGAUGCAUGAAGAGGGAAGAUAUCUGGACCUAGUGGACCCACGGUUAGCUGGUCGGGUGACUAGAGCUGAAGCUGAGAAGCUUGUGAAGGUGGCUUUGUGUUGCUUACAUGAAGACCCAUCGGUUCGACUCACGAUGGCUAAUGUGGUUGGGAUGCUCGAAGGGGUGUUGCCUGUGGGUGAACCGCGGUUGGAUUCUUUGAACUUUUUGAGGUUUUAUGGACAACGGUUCACCGAGCCAUCAAUGGCUGGAACCGGAGAGGAGGUUGAAGUGGGGGGUGGGUUUAUGGUGACCACAAAUUAUAGUAGUAGUCCGAGUAUGUCAUUAAACUCGUUUUCAUAUAUGUCUUCACAGCAAGUCUCGGGUCCUAGAUAACAUGGUGUUAAAUAUUAUAAUUUAUAAUAUGUCAAUAUUUCAAGCGAUUAAAAAAUUUUGAUCUUUCAUUUUGGUAAAUUUUAGAAUGUAAGGUUAUGUUUACGAAAAUAAAAGAUCAGAAUGUGUGUAAUGUUAGCUUUGAUGGCUUUCAUCUCUUUUUAGAUUUUUUUAUGUAAAUCGUGAUCAUAUAAAAAGAUCGAUUCUUUUAAACAAAGACAAG